AUUGUUUAUUUGCAUGUCCUUACAUUUUCAAUAUCUAGGCUAGGGAUUGAGUAGCCAAAAAACUAUGGAAUUAUUAUAAAAACAUUGUUCAUCUAAGUACAAAUGUUAUUUUAAUAUCAAGUCAUCAUAAUAAAAUUUCUGAUUUUGGUACUGUUUUUGAUGAAUUGCUAGAGUAAUAAAAAUACAAAGAAUUAAUUUUAUCAACUCUAGAAAUAAUCAAUUUAUCAUCUGAUAAAACCUGUAUUUUUAGCAAAUUAUAUUUAGUAUUACAACCUAUCUAUUCUGCUAUUUAAUAUUGGAUGACUAAGCUUGAACCAAAGGAAUAGUAAAUCACUGUUGAUAUCUUCUUUAAACACAUAGAACAAAUUAAUGAAGAAGCCAUUUUUAAAACUAAAAUGUAUCUCUGAAUCACUAUUCAAAAGCGUCGCUUAGCUAUUUAAUACUUUGAGUUCAUCAUAACUAUCCUAGAAUCUCUUCUUGAAAUUACUUGAAUGCACUAAGCGAUGGAAUACCUAACAAUUAAUUAUUUCUCCAAUCAUUUCUAAUAUUAAAGAAUUCUUGAAUUUAUGGACUCUCACAGGCCCUGAAAUCUUGAAAAUAUUAAAUGCAAUCUCAGAUUUAAUCGAUCCUUAAGAGUAUUACAUUUAUAAACACUUUUAGUUAACAAUAUGUUAUACAAAUAUCAGAAUAUAUUUUGAGAAACAUCAACAUUCCUUAAGAAUAAUACAUUAAAACAUUUAUCAACUUUUAAAAUAUUAAUGUACUUUCUUAUUCUAAUACUUUAAGCAAUCAUUCUUGAAAUUAUGCGAAAUCACAUAAUGCUCAAAUUAUCAAGUCAUUGAAAAAACUUAAGUUGCUUCACUUAUUAAAUUAGUUCUUGCUGGCGAUUUGGCUGCAGUCUAAGCUUUAUUAGAAAAAGAAGAUGCAUAUUUCAAAUCGAUAAGUAUUAUAUUUUACAUAAUUUUAGAUCUGAAUACUUAAUAAUACUUGAACCAAACUAGAAUUGCAAAAUUUAUUUAAUUAUCAACCUAAAAAUAAAGUUAUACUUAUUAAGAAAUAGCUGAAGCUUUAAAUGUAUCAAUUAUAAUUUUUUAAUUCUAGAUCUAAUUGGAAAAAGUAGAGAUUUGGGUAAUUCAUGCAAUUCAAUCUUAAAAUGUUUCAGCAUAAAUUGAUUAAUCUUAAUAAAGAAUUUUCAUUUUGUAAUAAAAUAUGCUAUGUUAGAGAUAACUUCAAAAAAUUAUUAAACAAAGAUGAUUGGUAAAACUUGCACAAAAAAUUAUCAGUUUUAUUAACUAAGCUAAAAAGUGUUUAAACAUAAUGAGGAU